UUCAGGGUUCAAGCCAUUUUUAUUCCACAUCACUUUAAGGACACAACAGUACACCAUGUUUGAGCCUCGUGUUGUUCUGUUGUGAAACAUAACUGUCCUUAUGUAAUAAUUGGCUAACAUCGCAUUAAUCUAAUUGGUUCAUUUAUAUGGCUGUUAUUGAAGCGAUCCAAUCAAAACAGAGGAUCCGGUGCAGCGGUCCGACACUAGCCAAUAGGAGUGCACGGCAUCACAUCAGCUAUUUCAUUUCCCCCUCUCGUGACGUCGGCAGUCUUCAGUUGGAUUCGCCAUCUUGUCGUCGUUGAAACAAGCGGAGAAGGACGGCGAAAUAUCGAACAAAUCCGACGAGAAUUCUCUGUAAACCGAGGCGGAACGUUUAGCUACAUGAGUUCAUGGACUGCUUGCUGAUCAAUGGUCAUGUUACCGAUAAUAGUCGUCUAGGUUUCCCCGGCUCGUUGGGCGCAAAGAUGGGCGACACAGCGGCGAGGGAGGACGCCUGCCGAGAGUACCAGUCCUCCCUGGAAGACCUGACGUUCAACAGCAAGCCCCACAUCAACAUGCUCACCAUCCUGGCUGAGGAAAACCUCCACUUCGCCAAGGAUAUCGUCGCAAUAAUUGAAGCUCAAAUAAGCAAGGUUUUUAUAAAUAUAGAAUACUUUAAUUCCAGCUGCUUCUGUCUAUGUAUGUGGAAGGCCCAGAACACGAUGUCCUGUAAGCUAAGUUAGCUGUUAGCUCAACAUGGCGGCCAGCGUUUGUCACAGAGUUACGUUACAUUCCAGUGUUGUGGUUAGUGAACGAAUACUUUAUGUUAAAGUUUGAAUUAUUGAUUUAAUAUCCAAAUAUUAUAACAUAUUAUCUGAUGAGAAAAUCUCGCCGCACUAAUGUGAAGUUUGCGUUAGUUUUGUGAGCGAACGUAUAAAUACACGGUAAAAUAACGCACAUUUUCCUUUAACUCACAGUAGAAAAGAACCGUUUUCCGCAAUUUGAAUGCGUAGUUAUCUUAUCCAGAGUAUAUUUUUUGCAAAUGAACUGAUUAAGGGAUACUUUAGGACAAACAAAGGGGUCUUGGUAACAAUGGGGCCGUUUGAGCCUUUUUACCGAAACUGAAAAACAGCAUUUAACAACCUUGAAGACCAAAGGCGUCUUUAAAAUGGGGAGUUAGCAACGAGUCUUAAAGUUAUAAUACAAAACAAGAACAGAAUUUUAAAGUAUGAAUCCUUAUGAAGACUGUUGGAAAAACAUUGAAAAGUUAAGCCUUUUUUACCUUCUGGUUAACUGAGUGUAAACUAGGAAUAAAGUAUCUAAUUGAAAUUAACCAUUUGUGUCCACAAAAAUAUGUUGGAAUAUAGAUUAAAAUUGAUGUACUUUUUGUCUUCCCAAACAAACUAACUCUAGGUAUCUUGGCUGCCUUCAGUGAGUCUGUGGCGAGACCUUACCGAAAACUGUCAUGCACCCUGAAUCCCUCACACAUUUCAACUUUAAAACAGAGCCAGAAUUAAGUUCAACCUUAAAGGUCCUUACACACCGGAGCCGACAUGAAUAUAGAACGUGAAAUUGGGAAAUAUUCGGAGGCGAGUAUUGACGCGCCUGACUAUACACCUAGCCUGAUGCGAUUUUGCACCAAUACCAUCAUAUCAAUUACUUAGCCUUUAUUUAUAUAACACUAUGUACAAAUCAAACACAGUUCAGAGUGCUUUACAGUGAUUGAAAACAUUGCAUUGUAUCGUCAGAAAAUGUGACUUUAACUACGACAAAACAAGUAACAUUAAAUUUUUAAUGUAAUUUUAAAAGAAAUGAGCUUAAAAUAAGGUUAAACUGUAAAAUAGCGUCGAAUAUAGAUGGUUAAAAAGAGAUACAAAAAGUAAACCCAGCCGUCUCCUGAAAGAGCCAAGAAGAGUUGAAUAAAAAGGUUUUUCCAGGGAGGGAAAGUUCAAUUUUAGCAUUAUAUGUUUAAGACUGAAACUUUUGUUACCAAUAGACAAAGUUGAGAGGUAAGGCGCUUAACAUUAAAAAAAGAGCUUUUAAUCCCUACUAUACGAACUUGGCCGCUUUUAAUUGAUCGUAAUACACCAGUUCAGCCAUGCUACACACCCAGACCAUUAGAGUUAAACCCUGAGGGUCUUUUCUUUCUAUCUGCUCACAAACACUAGACCUUCUCGCUGUGUUUCAGUGGGUUUCACAGGAUCCUUUUGUGAAUAAUCAAUGCCAGUAUUCCUAUUGUUUCACACAGAAAAGAGGGGCCUCUUUAGACCAACUCCUUCUCUCUAUUGAAAUGCAUUUCAGUCAGCAGUUCAGCCCAGUCUCUGCUUAGUGUUUGCACGUUUACCGCACUAAGCUUGAUCAGAUCGCACAAGAAGUUUCUCUGCUUUAAUUAGUGAAUCUUGAUUUACUGAAAUGUCAUUGAAUGGUUAAAAUGUUAUAAUAAAAAUUGUGAAAUGUGCUUUUUGUCAUUUUUUAUUUCCCAGUGUAAUUUAUUGGUAUGGCUCUGGUUUAUAUUCACAGACACAGCUGAGUCUGACUCGGCCUGUUUGGAUUAAACAGACUUAUUUCACUUAGGCUGCACUGUCAGCAGAGUUUAAUGCAGCGUCCUCUGUACGGUUAACUUGUUUUUUAUGGGUCUUUAGUGGUUUUUAUUAACAAGUCAUGGGUUCAAACCUCUAAGGGGGCAAAACUUCUAAAGGGUGUGAGUGAAUCAAACUCACUGGGUGUAACGGCAAAGAUCUAAACUCUGGGUAAAGUACAAAGAGUGGUUGGAGGAAGAAACCCUCUUUGGAGGUAAAAGUUCCUGAGGACUGGACUCUCGCCUUUUUCUUUUUUUAACCCUUCACGGACCUGUUUGUCCCCCUCUGACUGAGGGUGGAUCAUCUUUGCAGAUGCUGGAGUGACUAGUUGACAUAGUGGACUAGUGGACAUUUUUCUGCGCACUUUUUAUUUUUUUUAUCCUUCGGAUCGAUCCCAGUUGUGGAGUUUCUUGGAAUACUUUUCCUGAAGAGUUUUUGUUAAAUUUUUUGAUCCAGAAUAGAAAAAAACUCCAGACUUUGGACUUCCUUUUUUUUGAUGGACCUGUCAUUUCUUAUACUUCUCUGAACACCGGUGAAGAUUUUUUCCUGGUUUUGUUUUCAGUUUUUGGCGCUGCGGGUGGUGAGGGAGAGGGCGUUCAGCCCCUAUUGAUGCUGAUGAGUUGUGCUUUUGUUCUGAAAUGUUGGUUUAACCCCUGUUGUGUUCUAAACUUGUCGAGUUCUCUAUUGCUCCAGGCCCCACCAGCCGAGAAGCUUCCAGUUUUGUACUUAGUGGAUUCCAUAGUGAAGAAUGUUGGAGGAGAAUACCUUGCAGUGUUUGCUAAAAACCUAAUCACUUCAUUUAUAUGUGUCUUUGAAAAGGUACAGUUCUCUUUGCUGCUGUUUGACUUUGUUGUUAAAAUUGAAGCACUCAAACUGUUUAGAAACCCACUUCACUCCCCUCCUUUGUUGUAUUGCUUGCUUUUAAAUGUGAUCUCCUGCUCUCUGCUCAUACUCACUUAAUGCCAUAACUUACAGCUGCUAAUAAAAUAAAGGGGGGUAGAUCCAUACAUGUAGAAAAUUUUACGCAAAUGUUUAUUUUUUACCUCUGAAACUGCAUUUUUAAGUUAAUCUCUGUAGCUGUACUGAAGAUAGUUAAUGGUUUAAUGCUGCUAAAGUGUCUUCAGGUGUCUGGGUAGCUUUGGACCAAGUCCUGUCCUCUGUUUGUAGGUGGAUGAAAACACUAGAAAGAGUCUGUUCAAGUUACGCUCCACGUGGGACGACGUGUUUCCUCUAAAGAAACUCUAUGCGCUGGACGUGCGGGUCAACUCUGUGGACGUGGCCUGGCCCAUCAAGCCGCUGCCACCCACCAUCAACGCCAGCAUUCACGUCAACCCCAAGUUCUUAAAGCAGGUGUGUAUGAGCUGCAACGACACUUCAGGCUGAGAAAGCAUCUCCACUGAGGGUGUUAACUUGUUGACUUUCACCAGCUGCAGUUUUCUAACAUUCAAAACUGAUACAGCGUAAAACUUAAGGAAGACAUUUUAGUUUGUCUCUGUAGAGCAGAUUAUUAAGUUAGUAACCAGGCAAGAAGUUUUUAUCUCCUUAAACAGCUGUCUAAAGUUCUGUGUUUUCUAACUUUAAAAGUUUACACACCACAAUACAAAGAAGAAGCCAUUGAGAGAACUAAACAGCCCACUGAACUCACUGUUUUUACUUCGAAAUGCUUCACAAGGAGUGCAGCAAACGUUCUCAAAAAGUUUAGGAUUUGCUGCUUGUCUUUUAGGACACAGCCAUAAAGUGUAUUUUCCUCCCGUCUCAGAAAUCACAUGCAUAUGUCUCAAAAAUUAAAAAGUUCACUGAAAGAAAGAAAUGAGUUAAUUUUUUGGUUCCUGCAGACCUCAGAGAAGUCUUGUAACAUGACAACAACAGCAAUUCCAGCAGACUAUUUACAUACAGUCAGAAACCACAAACAAAAGAGAUGAAAGAAAAUGAGGACAUGCAAAUUUAGGAAAAUUUUGCUGCAACAUUGAAGAUCCAGGGAAUAACCAGCACGCAGGGUUAAACAUGAUGAAGGGGCUGAAGGAAUCCCUUUAAAAUCUGGAUUAAAUAUGCCACACGAGCGAGAUGUGUGGAUAAGACAUUUCAACAGAGGAAAAAUCAGACAAAAAUCUUAAUCCUGGAUGUUUGAAAUGUUGUUAGAACAUCAAUCAGAUUCUGUUACCGGACCUUGAGACUAACGCCGCGUUUGAGUAACCUGGGAAGUCAGGUGUCCGAGCUGGGAAUGACGUCACACCUGAGUUUCAGUUACCAAGUCAAGGAAAAUCAACGAAAGUUAUAUUGGCACUUGUUAAUUUAGUUACUUAAAGUAAUUUUAGUAGAUGUAGCCAUCGUCUUUGGUAACUGAAACACUGGUAACUCGGGUGUGAUGUCAUUCCCAGCUUGGACAUCUCACUUCUGAGGUAACUCGAACACAGCUCAAAAUACUGAGUUCUUGAAUGCUAGACCCUUCAAUGCAGUGUGCUGGAAUAGUAGGCUUACUUUCUACUGGAAUAGUAGUAGAAUAAUACAUUCAGUGUCCUGGGUGGCUUUAAAGUGUCUUCUAGAGACAGUAGCCUAAAGGAAGUGUCUCAAACUGAGGUUUUAUCUUUUGUGUGUCUCCAGUCAGAGGAGGUGUCUUCUCCUCCGCCUGUCUCGCCUACCCAGCAGCCGCCACCCGCUCCUCCGCCUGCAGCAGCGCCCGCUCCUCCUCCUCCUGCGGCCACCCCCGCCGUCAGCCAGUCCAGUGUGACCCAGGAGCAGCUGAUCCGACAGCAGCUGCUGGCCAAACAGAAGCAGCUUCUGGAGCUGCAGCAGAAGAAGAUCGAGUUGGAGCUGGAGCAGACCAAAGCUCAGCUGGUAGGAAACAUGGGGCUGGGUGGAGUUCUGGUGUAGUUUGAUGGAGUUUGAAUGUAAAACUGACACUCGGCAUGCCGUUUCUGGAGUUCGUACAACUCUGUGUUCCUCUGUCUGAUUAUCAAUUCAUUCAUUUGCUCUUUCUUCAGGCUGGAGGAUUCGUGAUGCCGGUAUCAACCCCGGUCUCAGCUUCACCACCAGUGAACACUGCGCAGAAGCCCACCACUCAACCUGCUCCUGUAGUGCGACCCUGGAUCCCCCCUCAGACUCAGCCUGACACCAAACCUCCCACCAGAGACCCCCGUCUGAACCGCAUUGGCCCCACUGCUCCUUCCCAGCCCAAAGAACAGCCUGCUGGGAAAAAAACAGACACCAACACAAAAGGGAGUCCGGCUCAGACGCCUGAAAAGAGCCGGCCAGAAAAAAACAGGCCCCUGAAGAAGGACGUAAUAGAGGAGAAAACGAAGUCCAAGUCCUUGUCUCCCAUAGCCAAAAGUGUCCAGAGCAAAACCAAAACACCAGAAGGUGAUGUUCAGAAGUCUGCUGAGGGCACCAAGAAGGAUCCUCGUCUGAGGAAACGGCAACAGGACAAGGGUGGAGACGCCAAAGACGACGAGCUGAAGGAGAAGAAGAGAUGCACUGACAAGAAGGAGCGAGAGGACACAUCCAGAGGGGUGGAGCCUCAGAGGUCAAACAAAGGGAAGAUGGUCAAUGGCACUGUUGGCAAACACGACCGAGAGGGGUCCAAUGAGAAGAUUGAAUUCAAGGCAGGGGGCAACGCUCGCACACACGCCAGGAAACGAACCCGCUCACGCUCGAGGUCACGCUCUCCCACUGCAUCCCCAAAGAGGAAGGACAGGAGGUCCCCUAAGAGUCGAGCCAGGAGCAGCCUGUCCCCAUCCCCCUCUCACAAACCAGGGAAACCUCGAAGGGUCCGCGCCGAUGAACCAGAGCACGGCAAAACCAGCAGAGAGGACCGUCUCACUCCAAAAAAGAACCAAUCAGAGAGCAGGAGGUCAAAGAGGCCGGCAGAGGACCGGCACUCUGAGACCAGAGACUCCCACUCUCCGAGGGGACAUGAGGGAGGAGCCAAGGAUGCCAAGGAGGCUCCUCAUCGCUGGAGGAGUGGCUGGGAGGAGAACAAACAGUAAGUUCAUCAAAUCAGCGCACAUUCAUUCAACCUUACAAUCCGGGGUUAAUUUGGUUUAUUAUUACAGAAAUUAAAUAUUUGAGUGGAUACAGAUGAGAGGAAUCAGGAUGUUUGGUGAUCAGGAGGUCAUAAAAAGACGAGACCUGUAACACUGUUUUUUUCAGAGUGAAUAUUCAAUAAGAAACUAACUGUCUCUUCCAGUCUGAAGCUGUCGGAGGACUCUCACGCCAAGCCUGGACCUCAGAGACACAAACAGUACCCCACUCCGACUCGACCCACCACUCCCCGAACCCCCAAACAUCGCCUCAGCAUUGACGCCAACCUGCAGAUCCCUGAAGUCUUGAACUCUGCCUCCAAGAAGGACCUACUGAGGAGGGUAAGUCACAGAUACACCGCCACAGAAGCUCUUUGAUAGUGAGGGGAAGAUGGGGAGAGGUUUACCAGAGACUGUGUGAGCUAAGAGUUCAACAGUUCAACAGAACAUUAUAUCAUUAAUUUGUAGAAAUCACUGUACUGAAGGGACAGGGACCAAAACCAAGACUGGAUGGUCCUUAAGUUCAGGGUUAAAGGGUCGACCAAAAUAUAGAAUCACCUGAAAUAUUUGUGUACUGAAGUCAAAGAGAAAAGAUUUGACUAAACGGUGUCAUCGUACUCUCUCUUCAGGCAAGCAGACGUCUUGAAAGUGGCGAGAUCUCCCAGGACGAGUUUCUGAACAUGGCCCACCAGCUCAAAUCCUUCUUCCAGUACCAGGAGGAGAAGCAGCAGCACUCGGACAACUGGGACCGCUCUGGAAACUUCCCUGUUAAGAAACAGCCGCUGCUGACCACGCCCCCCUCCGCUCAGCCCCGUCCACAUGACACUAUGGAUGCAGCAGAGCUGUCUUAUUAUGAGCACAAGUCCAAGCUGAGGAAGACGCAAGUCACACACCGACAUGUAGGGGAGGAGUGGGAGGGAGGGGAGAGCCCGAAGGAGAGCGAUGGAGCCGGGCAAGGGGAGAAGUCAGGAGGCCGCAGCAGCGCUGGACGCCGGGCGCCACCAGAGCGACAGGGUGAGUAAAGAGAACAUUCCCUUCAGUAAACUAGUAGACCUCAUUUUUGAGAUUGUAAAAUCAGGUGUGUUCACGAAGACGCGUCUCUGUCUGAUACCUCACAGGUGAGAGGCGGAGCAAAGAGCCGGAGGAGCCCCGCCCCCCACCUGGCCCGAUGAUUGAGGAGUACAACCACGGGAAAGAGUUCCCCACCCUAAAGUCUCUGCCGGGACUGCGAUUCAGGAGGAGAGCAGACCCCAGAGAGGCUGGUAAGUACACUGCUGCUGUUUCCAUGGCGACGUGUUAAAUACCUGUUUAAUUACUGAACAGUGGAUCCGAUAGUCACCUGUUGUCUUUAUUCUCAGAGAGGUCAGAGGUCAGGUUUUGGAGCCACAGGUGUCAGGGUAAGAUUCUUAAAGGAGAUCACAGUUUAUGUGUUCAACAGAGUUAAUCGCAGUGAGCUGCAGGGCAUCAUGGGAAAUGUAGUGAGAUAUUAGAGAGAGAAAAGUAGGUUUUUUUAACUGUUUUUUUUUUUUACUUUUUUUUUCUCAAGUCAUACACUAAAAUGUUGAUCACAGUCAGGAACAGGAAGUGAGAUUCUUCUUCUUUGGUUUAUUUCCUGUUUCUAGCAGAGAGGGAGUGGACCUCGCCGCUGACAGAGAGACAACGCUACGACGAGCAGAAGAGCGGCUAUGAUGCUCCACGUAGAUAUGCACCCCCUGCCGACUCCAGAAACCCAGACCCUCGCAGGCCAGAGGGUCCCCCCUCUGGUCAGGUGGUCCACAGGAACUGCCCCAGCCCUGCAGGUCUGGAGGCUCCGGCCCCGAGGUUUGAGCGAGAGCGUCUGUCCCCUCUUCAUCAGAGAGACUCAGCUGAGGGGAGCCCGGUCCCUCGCUUCGAGAGUCCAAACAGUGAGCACUCAGAUGACGGGCCCCUGGACAUCCCCCCACCCCACCCUAACCUCCCUCCUAAAUCCAUCCUUAAGGUUCCGGGUCGAUCUGGGCCCCUGCCGUCACUCCGCCAGCACAGCGACUCACCUGGACACACCCCCCCUCAUGAUGGAGGACACGCCCCCUCUAGGUAUGACACCCCUGCACACAUGGGGCCCUCCAGGCAGCACCCUCCAGGCUGGUACGAGGGAGGGGGCACCGGGCGCUACGAGGACUCCUCCAGGUUUGAGGGGCCUCAUCAUCCAGGCCCUGGUAGGUUUGAGGGAAGUGGGCCCCCCCAUCACAAUAUGUCAGACAGGUUUGACGGCCCCCACAUGCCUCACGGCCCGAUGAGGGGAGGGGAAGGUAUUGGACGGUUUGAGGGUCCACCUCAUCCUCAGGGACCUGUAAGAUUUGAAGGGCCCGCAAACCAGCAGCCUCCUGCGAGGUUUGAGGGCCAGGGUCCAGGACCAGGUCACUUUGAGGGUCCAAUGCCUCGCUUUAACAACAUGGCCCCUGGUCCUGGUCCGGGUCCAAUGGGCUUCCAGCCGCAAGGGCCCAUGCGCUUUGACAGCCCCCAGAACCAGAUGGGCCCCAUGAGAUUUGAAGGUCCUAGUCCAAUGCGCUUUGAUGGCCCCGCUCAGUCUGGACCCCGGUUUGACCUCCCUAACGUCCCCCAGCAGGGCGGGCCCCCGAUUUACGAAUGCGCUCCUGGACAGCAAGGACCAAUCAGGUUUGGCCCCCAGCAAAACAUGCAGCCCGCCAUGAGACCCAUAGCCCCACCCAUAUACGACGGCCCCAUGGCCCCCCAGCAGAACUUCAACAUGGCCCCCCAGAGGUUCCUGGAGCCGAUGAACCCUCAGUUUUCCGGGGGACCCUUAGGGUUCCAGACGCAGACUCCAAACAUGCAACCUGCCACCAACUUCAACAUACAGCCAAACCCCGCCUUCAGCCAGCCUGGCCCCGCCCCCUUCUACAACCCAGCCGCCCCUGCUGUGAGCAUGCAGCAGCCGGUGAGUCUCACACACACACACACACAGUCUCUCUCACCCUUCACUAGUUACACUCGCAGCUGUUGAGUGUGCCUCAAUUGAAAUAGGAGGGCAUAAUCAAGACUGGUGGGUAUGGGGCGGUUUGGGAUUGGGCCUCAAAGGGGUCUGAACAGUUUGUGAUGUGUUUUUAUUUUUGGUCCUUUCAGGUGAACAUGAUGAACAUGAACCAGCCGUACCUGCCUCAGAACCCAGUGCCUUACAACCAACCAGGUGAGACCCUCAAUUUAUCUCACUGCCCUUAAGUUGGAGUGUUAUGUGGAGAAAUGCGCUCUUGAUGAAAAAGAGUUCUAAUGAAAAGGAAAUUUUUUUCUUUGCAGCUCCGGUCGUCCCUCCAGAGAAUCACUUCGGUCAGGUGGACGUUAACGACCUGCUGACCAAACUCAUCUCCAAUGGCAUCAUCAAACCGUCGGUGCCUGACACCACGCCCUCUGCCAGCACUGGUCAGUAUGCCAACUGCCAUGGUGACCUCAUCUCAAACGGUGUUGUAAAUUGUUUUUUUAAUGAUUGUUUAUUUUUUCAGGGUCUGCACCUCCAGGUGCUCCUGCUGCUGUGGUGGAGGAGGAGGAAGAGGAGGAGCAAGAGGAGGAGGAUGGAGACAUCCCAGACCUCACCAGCUUUAGCAUCGAUGACAUGAAACAGUGAGUGCAAAACUGGACAGUUUGGGGUUUCAAUGAUGGUUACGAAUACUUUUGUAUACUUCACAGAUCCAUCAGUUCAGAAAUAAUCAGUCUGAGUUUUAAACUUUUAAAGCCCAAAGAUUUUAAAAUCUGUGUGAUUGAUCUCCAGGCGGUACGAGGGCAUCGUGACGCGCCUGUACUCGGGGAAUCAGUGCUGUCUGUGCAGCAUGAGGUUCACCACCGCUCAGACUGACAUGUACGCCGACCAUCUGGACUGGCACUUCAGACAGAACCACGCAGGGAAGGUGGCCAGCAAGAAGGUCACACACCGCCGCUGGUACUACAGCCUCACGGUAAGAGAAGCACGCACAUACUAAACAAUUCAGAAAACAAAUAGAUAUUUAAGUGAAUAUCAAAUAAAAAUCAUCUAACAGGAUAAAAAAAUAAUUAAAGCAGAAAAUAUUCAAAAAUACUCAAAAAGAAGGAACUUUGUCCAUCUGAAAUAUAUUUUCAAUUAAUAAUAUUUUUAAUUUUUGAGCAUUUCUUUGGGUAUUUUAUGAAUAUUUGAUAAAAUAAAAUUUAUUUUACAUAUGCAAAGAAAGUGCUGAUGUUGAAUAUUUUUUAGUUCUAUCAAUUUUACAUUUCUUGGAAUAUUUUUGAAUUCUAUUGGAGGAAAAAAAACAUUAAAUAUUUUUGAAUUUUUAAAGUUUUUAUCAAAUCAUGAAACAAUUUUCAGGAUUUCAUGAAUUUGACCGUCUUUGUGUCAUCAAUAUUUUGCGAAGUACUUCAGUGGUUUUUUAAAAAAGUCUUGUUUUUGAAAAUAUGUGCUAUAUUUUUUAAAAUUUCGGAUAAGAAAAUUUUGUGUUUGUAAAAUAUUCUGCGAGGGAUUUCCACCUUCUAAUAAACUUUUUCUUUUCAUUUUAGGGGUCAGUUAAAUAAACUAUGAAAUUCAUGAAGGAAAUUUUUGGGCAAUAUUUUGUAAAGAUUUUCCUUUUUUUUUUUUAAAUGUCAUGAUUAAGUUCUUUAAGUACCGUAUUUUUCACACUAUAAAAGCGCACCAUCAAUGAACGCGUCUAUUUGCGUCUAUUUUCGUACAUAAGGCGCCACGGAUUAUAAAGCGCAUUACAUCAAACAGAACAAUCAAUAACUCUGUGAAGCUACAGUAGCUGCAGUGCUCCGACAAGCCAAAAGGAUUUUAAAUGAGCCUUAUAGUGUGAAAAAUACUGUAGUUUUUGUGAGCUUGUUUACUGUCACGACAUUAAUCAGCUUAUUUUGGUUAACCUAACUUCUGGGGUCACUCAUGGGAGGAUCACUUUACGUCACUUUUGGUCUGAACUAUUUAAGAGUCUGCUGUUAGAUCCUGGGAUCUCGAGGAUAAUAAAACAGCUUUGUUCGUGUUUCCAUCAGGACUGGAUCGAGUUUGAGGAGAUCGCUGACCUGGAGGAGCGAGCGAAGAGUCAGUUCUUCGAGAAGGAGAACGAGGAGGAGGUUCAGAAGACUCAGGCGGCGGCGAAGGAGAAGGAGUUUCAGAAAGUGAAGGCCGCCAAGGACCAAGUAGGAGAGGUGAGGCUCAUAUCAUCAACAAGGACCAAUCAGAGCUUAAACUUGAAACCCCUGAUCUUAAACAAAUGUAAACAUGUCGGCCUGUCUCCUCCAGCUCUGCGAAAUCUGUCAGGAGCCGUUUGAGACGUACUGGGUAGAGGAGGAGGAAGACUGGUUCCUGAAGAACGCCCUCAGGGUCGACGACAAGGUGACACAGCAUGAAAAACACAACAACAACAACAACAACGUUAGAACAACUGAAAACAAAGGGAACAUGCAGGGGAAUUUAUUUCUGUGCGUGAUUCUGUUUGGAGCCGUAACUGUCGAUCUUUCCAAGUGAUUUUAAAACUGAAAAUGAUCCAAGGUUCAGUUUAUCUGAUAAGUACAGAUCUCUGCCCCUCUCCCUGCUCUCCUCUCUCCUCCUGAUUCAACUCUUGAUUCUUAUUUUUUCUUUAGUGUUUCUGUUUUUACGUCAAAGUUUUAAUGUCCUCCUAACUGUGUCUGAUCUGAUCCUUCUCCCUCAGAACUUCCACCCGUCCUGCUUCGAGGAUUAUAAAAACGUGAGUAACAGAAAAUUUAAUUUCAUAUUAAAACACAAAAACCUUCAGAGGUCUGACUGUCUGAUUUUGACCGGCUGUUUCUUUCUCCUUUCAGUCAUCGUACAUCGACGUCACACCGUCGCCCAGCAAGCUGCUCACUGAGCACCCACUGACCGCCUUAGUUAAGAAAGAGGAAGAGGAGGAGGAGGAAACGUCUUGUGCUUUUGCCGCUGCCUCUACCUCACAGGAAGUGAAGAGCGAAGAGAGCGCCGAGCUUCCCGAAGUGAAAAAAGAGGCGGAGCUUUUAACAGAAACGCAACCAGAAGAGCCCGCAGAGUAACGCCGCCGCUGCUGCCUCUCAUCGUCACUUUUUCUGUUUUUGAAGGAAAACGUGUUUUUAUCGUGCCGAGCCGAGUCCUCAGCACCCGAACACUUAAAUACAUUUUGGUAUUUGGAUCCUACGCGACCUUUGACCUUUUGUGGUCUCUGUUUCUGUGAAUCAAAAAUGAAACUGUUUGUAGAAGAGAGAAAAGUUGAGUUUGGAUAAAGAUGUACAUGAUUUAAUUUAUAAAUUAAAGUAUUUUUUGUAUUUUUGCUGAUAAUCGACUGUUUUCUGUUAAGAGUCUGUAAAAAGAUGAUCACUGUCGGUUUAUCGGUUUGUUCAUGACGAGAGUUUCAGGUAUUUGCGGCCAUGUGGCAUUCAAGGUAAGCAUCAUCUGAUUGGAUGGCUGAACGCUCCCCUGCUCGUCAUCGUCGUUGGAGGAUCUGCUGUUUUUUCUUUGGAUGACUCAAUAAAAAACGUCUGAAACUUGUUUGUGUUUGUGUGAAAAGUGAUUGAUCUUUAAUCAGUUUUAUUGUUAUUUAGGUUUCAAAACUUCAAAAUAAAGGUUCAGUGGAGUUCAA